AUGCAUGGUGAUCCUGUUAAGUACUCGAGAGAGUAUCGUGGUAUUAUACCUAGGCUCAGUGAGAGCCUAUUCACUGCUGGGCAAAGCUCAGUCAAAGACCUGAGGGUGUGGAUGUCGUACCUCGAGAUCUACAACGAGCACCUCAGAGAUCUUCUAGCUGUGGAAGACGAUAAUCGAGACCUCACCGUUAUGGAGCAUCCGGGCUUGGGGGUCUACGUCAGAGAUCUCACAGAGAUUCUGCUGCAGACUCCGGUGGAACUCGAAAAGCUACUCCAGCUUGGUAGCAGACGCCGGGCGGAGUCGGUCACUUGCAUGAACCCGCACUCGAGUCGUAGCCACGCAGUUUGCAGGAUUCGCUUGGAGUGUCGUCCGUCAGAGGACGGGCCUAAGCUGCGCUCAUGCAUUAAUUUAAUCGAUCUAGCAGGCAGUGAAAGACAACAGAAAACCAACAGUACGGGCUCCGUACUGAGAGAGGCGAACUCGAUAAAUCAGAGCUUGAGCACACUGGGUAUGGUCAUAAAGCAUUUGACGGAGCGCGGCCCUGGUGCCUCCAGCAAAGGUUCGCAUAGUGCUGCUGCAUCGUCGUGGAUUCCAUUUCGCUCUUCCAAGCUGACCUUCCUCCUUAAGGAUUCUCUCGCGGGCAACUCCAAGACCUUCAUGAUAGCCUGCAUAAGCCCAUCACGGACUGAGCUCGACGAGAGCGUCUCCACUCUGCGCUUCGCUGCUGCCGUACAGGAGGUACGGGUCCCCGCCAAGGUCAACAUCGACAGGAACGAACAGCUGCUCAAGGAUUUGCAGCAAGAGAUCGGUAGCUUACGCCGCCAGUUGCAGUCACAGGAGUCUAAGAGCUUGUCAUCCGAGGUGGCGAUGUUGAAUGAAGAGUUACAGGAGAGAGAGCGGCUCGUGACUGACCUCAGGAGGAGUCACGAGAGCCAACUGGCAGCGUCCAAGGAAAUGUUGCGACUGCGUGAAUCGGCCCUAGCUGACAGAGGCCUCUCCUCAUCUGAGAUCAAUGCCGUCUUCGGUGUUGGUGAUGACACACCGUACAUGCUCAAUGUGUCACAGGACCCGAUGCUGUCGGCCUCUCUCAUCUACUACUUCCAGCCCGACACUGUUACUGUUAUAGGAAGCUCUUCUGCUGAGUGUCAGAUGGUCCUCAAGGGUAUCGGCAUGCCCCCUUCACUUUGCCAAGUGGUCAAUCAUGCCAAUCAGAGGCUCACCAUAGCACUAACGGCCAGCGGGGUCGAGGCGGGAGGCCGAGUCCUCGUCAACGGCAAAGUGGACCUCCUACUAUAA